GAGGGAGAGGGAGAGGGAGAGGGAGAGGGAGAGGGAGAGGGAGAGGGAGAGGGAGAGGAGAGGGAGAGGGAGAGGGAGAGGGAGAGGGAGAGGGAGAGGGAGAGGGAGAGGGAGAGGGAGAGGGAGAGGGAGAGGGAGAGGGAGAGGGAGAGGGAGGGAGAGGGAGAGGGAGAGGGAGAGGGAGAGGGAGAGGGAGAGGGAGAGGGAGAGGGAGAGGGAGAGGGAGAGGGAGAGGGAGAGGGAGAGGGAGAGGGAGAGGGAGAGGGAGAGGGAGAGGGAGAGGGAGAGGGAGAGGGAGAGGGAGAGGGAGAGGGAGAGGGAGAGGGAGAGGGAGAGGGAGAGGGAGAGGGAGAGGGAGAGGGAGAGGGAGAGGGAGAGGGAGAGGGAGAGGGAGAGGGAGAGGGAGAGGGAGAGGGAGAGGGAGAGGGAGAGGGAGAGGGAGAGGGAGAGGGAGAGGGAGAGGGAGAGGGAGAGGGAGAGGGAGAGGGAGAGGGAGAGGGAGAGGGAGAGGGAGAGGGAGAGGGAGAGGGAGAGGGAGAGGGAGAGGGAGAGGGAGAGGGAGAGGGAGAGGGAGAGGGAGAGGGAGAGGGAGAGGGAGAGGGAGAGGGAGAGGGAGAGGGAGAGGGAGAGGGAGAGGGAGAGGGAGAGGGAGAGGGAGAGGGAGAGGGAGAGGGAGAGGGAGAGGGAGAGGGAGAGGGAGAGGGAGAGGGAGAGGGAGAGGGAGAGGGAGAGGGAGAGGGAGAGGGAGAGGGAGAGGGAGAGGGAGAGGGAGAGGGAGAGGGAGAGGGAGAGGGAGAGGGAGAGGGAGAGGGAGAGGGAGAGGGAGAGGGAGAGGGAGAGGGAGAGGGAGAGGGAGAGGGAGAGGGAGAGGGAGAGGGAGAGGGAGAGGGAGAGGGAGAGGGAGAGGGAGAGGGAGAGGGAGAGGGAGAGGGAGAGGGAGAGGGAGAGGGAGAGGGAGAGGGAGAGGGAGAGGGAGAGGGAGAGGGAGAGGGAGAGGGAGAGGGAGAGGGAGAGGGAGAGGGAGAGGGAGAGGGAGAGGGAGAGGGAGAGGGAGAGGGAGAGGGAGAGGGAGAGGGAGAGGGAGAGGGAGAGGGAGAGGGAGAGGGAGAGGGAGAGGGAGAGGGAGAGGGAGAGGGAGAGGGAGAGGGAGAGGGAGAGGGAGAGGGAGAGGGAGAGGGAGAGGGAGAGGGAGAGGGAGAG